AAAAAUUUAGAGUUUCAAAAAAAAAGUGUCCAUGAGAAGAUAGCAUUUAUCAUUGGGACCAUAACGAAUAAAGACCAUCAUUCAAAAUGGGUGUAGCAUCAGCAGAAGCGAUUCAUUCGCAAUACGAUUCCAUCUUGAUUCUCGAUUUCGGAUCGCAAUACAGUCACUUGAUCGCCAGAAGAUGUCGUGAAUUGAACGUGUAUUGUGAAAUGCUUCCAUGCACCCAGAAGAUUGCUGAAUUGGAUUGGAAGCCAAAGGGUGUCAUCUUAUCAGGUUCGCCUUUCAGUGUCUACGAUGAUGGAGCACCAAGAGUGGAUAAAGCAGUCUUCGAUUUGGGUGUCCCAGUUCUGGGUAUCUGUUAUGGCUUACAAGAAAUCGCUUGGACAUUCGGCGGAAAAGUGGACCCUCAUGAUAGACGCGAAUAUGGUAAAGCGAUGAUCGAUGUUGUCAAAACCGGUAAUGCCCAUGCUGAUCGUUUGUUUGACGGAGAAGCAGAACAGGUUCAAGUUUGGAUGUCACACGGAGACCAGCUAUCGAAAUGUCCCGAAGACUUUGAAGUGAUCGCUCGUACUUCAACAGCUCCAUUUGCUGCUUUGGCUCACAAAUCCAAACCAAUCUUUGGUAUUCAAUUCCAUGCCGAAGUAACUCAUAGCCCUCGUGGAAAGGAACUCUUUGGCAAUUUUGUCACAAAGAUCUGUGGAUGCAAGCAAGAUUGGAACAUGGAAACAUUUAUUGACAAAGAAAUCGCACGUAUUCGUGAAUUGGUCGGACCAAAAGCUCGUGUGAUCGGUGCCAUUUCAGGAGGUGUGGAUAGCUCUGUUGCUGCGAAAUUGAUGCAUGAAGCACUAGGCGAUCGAUUCCAUGCAGUAAUGGUGGACAAUGGUGUUUUGCGUGGUGGAGAGGCAAAGCAGGUAUAUGAAAUGCUCUCGAAAGGAUUGGGUGUUAAUCUGACAGUAGUAGAUGCAAGCGAUCUAUUCUUGGGUCGCCUGGAAAACGUUGAUGAUCCAGAAAAGAAACGUAAAAUCAUUGGAAAUACUUUCAUCAACGUAUUCGAUGAAGAGGUUACCAAGCUAGAAGCACAAGCUGAAAAAGAAGAAGCUGAAGCACUGAAGGCGGGAAGACAGCAUGAAGCAAAAGGCAAAUACGAAUAUUUGAUGCAAGGAACACUAUACCCCGAUGUGAUUGAAAGCAUCAGCUUCAAAGGGCCAAGUGCAACCAUUAAGACACAUCACAAUGUCGGAGGAUUGCUAGAAAAUAUGAAAUUGAAACUCAUUGAGCCGUUGCGAGAAUUGUUCAAGGACGAGGUACGUGAAUUGGGUAAAGUGAUGGGUAUCCCCGCUCACUUGGUCGGAAGACAUCCCUUCCCUGGUCCCGGUCUAGCUGUACGCAUCUUGGGCCCUGUCACUCGUGCUCAAGUGGAAAUCCUUCAACAAGCUGAUGCGAUCUACAUUGAAGAAAUUCGUAAAGCUGGAAUCUACAACGAAAUCAGUCAAGCAUUUGCCGUUUUAUUGCCCGUACGUGCAGUUGGUGUACAAGGUGAUAAGAGAACAUAUGAUCAAGUGGUAGCUUUGCGUGCUGUUCAAACAACCGAUUUCAUGACUGCAACCUGGUAUCCGUUCACCUAUGAUUUCCUUUCCACCGUCUCAAACCGAAUCACUAAUGAAGUUCAAGGUGUGAACCGAGUUGUGUAUGAUAUCUCAUCCAAGCCACCAGGAACGAUUGAGUGGCUAUAAGCGGUCUGCUAGAAAAUCAUGUCAUCUUCAUAGAUAUGUUUGUAACAAUAGAUUCCUGUUUCUGUCUCCCUUUUAAUGCAAUGCAAGCAAAACUUUCAUCGAUGAAAC